AUGGAUGAAACAACUAUCGAAGGACUUUCUAAGGCCGUUCAGGAGGUUACCGUACGGACCUGCGGGCAAGAAAAUCAUGAUCAAAAUUAUUACAGCAUGGGACGCAAUUUGUCCCCUGUACUCCUUCUAUAUCAAACUACCUAUCAGGAAGGCGAAUCUCGAGAAUCAGAUGGCGUUUCUCACACGAGAGUUGAAGAUUCUGCGCAAAUGGAUCAGAAAGAAAGAAACGAGAAAAAAGUACCGUCCGAGCACAAUGAAUGUAACAUAGUCGACACAGAACAAGAUCAUAGAUCUGCACUAUUUUCAAAGCAACAGAAAGUUCGAGAGACGAGGUUAGAAGAAUUGAAGAUGCUUCGAUCGAUGAGUCCCACGAGUUCUACUCUAACAGAGGAAGAAUCAGAGGAAUGCGAAGUUCCAUGGGAAAUUGCUCCGAAUAUCUCCCGUGGGAGGCGUUGCAAGAAGAACCAAGUUGAAAUGUUUACAAGUGAAUUAAACCUUCAGCAUGUUGCAGUUUCUGUAUACCAUAGGCCCUGUAAAGUAUCAAAUCUUAACGAUUGUAUGAAUGUAAAGUCAGCUCCUUAUGAAUAUGUUAAAGAUUAUGAUGCAUCGUUGCCACUUAGAAAUCCUUUAGAAGAGACGGCAACAAACACUGGAAUGAUGACGAUGUGGCAUGGCGACGAACGUCUGACUGCGCAUUUAAAAAUUAAACAAAAUUUUAUUUACUGA